AUGAGUCGUAUGAGCGAGACCGAACUCAUUUAUGCAAUCCGGGGCCUUCAUUUUAUGUCCAGCCAUCUGAAACGCCUGUUAAUGGACAAUGAACCGAUUGAGCCGGAGGUUUUGGAGAAGAUCAAGUCGAAUGAGAAGAUUGUCAGGGACCUUGAAUUCAAUCUGCCAUUGUUCGCCUCAUGGGGUCAACGGGCCAGGCAAUGGAGAAUCGACUUGUUCUGGUACAAAGAGAGGGUUGCAAAGGUCAACGAACUCCUGGAGGAAAAGAGGCUGCAGAUCGCAGAAAGAUAUACGAUGCCGAUUCGAGAUGGAAUUAAUCCCUCUGGUGAUACUGACGACAGUGGUUUCCAUACAAAGAACACGGAGGCUGAAGAUGCUGAAGAGGACGAAAUGGAUGAGGCGAUGCAAUACAUCAAAGAUAACGGUGCGUACAGGAUUGCUAAAUGGAACAGAUUAAUUACGGCAGCGGAAAGGGCGAAAGAGAUGAGCAACCAAACCCAGGAGAAGGAAGACACGGAACAAUCGAAGGAUUCCAGAGCUAAUGGUGGGCCGUUAAGACCUUUCUAGCUUUUUUGUUGUAGUUUAGGGAAUACGGUUCCAUUCUUAAUAAAAAUUAUACCGGUAUAAUCCUGAAACUUUCCGUUUUUAGACCGUAUGGUUUUCGAAUGUUUUUAUUUUUCUUUGGAGGGCUUACGUUUUUUUAUGGCGUUUUUAAUUGAUAUUGAUUAAUAACUAACAAACUAACAGGGAAGGAUUUCGAGUGCGACUCCCAUAUUUUCCUUAAAUUUACACAUUUCGGGCAUAGACCACAACAUAUCAAUAUGAAAGUUUUAGCUUGCGCUGUUUGCAGGCACAGCCGAGAAAUUAAAGUAAUAUAAAAAAGGCAAAUUCUUAGCGUAAAGUAAAAGGUAAGGGGCAUUAAUGUAAAAUUUUGGCGGAAAAAUCUCAGUUACAUAUUCUUUAUACCAGUGAUUUUAGAGAAGACAAAGACUGUCCUGGAGCCAAAAAGUCAAAUAAUCAACAUUACCAACAAUGCUACGGAGGGAGCAGAUAUAAAGGAGAAGAAGAAGAAGGAUCUUCUCCAAAAGCUUAAUUUGUUCAAGGAACGGAUGCCCAGUGGAGAAGCAGUUGGACAUGUCGAAGAAGUCAAGGGGAUGCUGCAAGGCUUGAAGGAUGCCGGCAUGGAGAUGACGGAUCCAGCGUUGCAAGCGAAGAUCCGGCGGAUUUUCACUGAUCGCUUCUUGGCCGAAACACGCACGGAGCUAAACGCUGAUGAGUAUGUUGAGAAUUAUUAUCAAAACCACAAUAAGUCCUUUGAGGACAUAAGAAACUACAACGUUACGUCAGUCUUGAAGAGAAUCCAGAGUUACAAACCAGUGGCUGGCGGUAGUAGAAGCCGAAGUCCAGAGGUAUGUGUAUCUAGUUUUGUUAUUUUGUUUGUGAAUUGUCUUUAAUAUGAUCUGUUUCAGCCAUUCAACGGCCAAGUUAGCUUUAUCUCUUCCAGUAGCCGCUUCCAGAGUAGUCGAUUUGAUGAUUCAAAUUAUAGAUGCUUCUACUGCGAUGGCUCGCACAAAGCAGUUCACUGUACUACGUUUUUUAAACGUUCGGAGAGAUUGACCAGAGUAAAAGAACUGGGAUUAUGCGAAUUGUGUCUGCUCGCCAAAUGCAAUCCACGGUUCUGCCGAGCUCAAAAUGACUGCUCUGUUUGUGGAGGACGUCACCAUAGAUCACUUUGUCCAGCUUGUGAGUAAUUACUCGUUACCGUUUUCACUUAUCAGUUUCAUUUUAGAUGUGCGACAUUAA